CUCCGCCUCCUCCGCUGCGCCUCCUCCGCUGCGCCUCCUCCGCCCGGGCCGUGCGCCGCCGCGCGGGGCGAGCGAGGCGGGGCCGCCGGGGCCGCCAUGGAGCCCGACUCGGUGAUCGAGGACAAGACGAUCGAGCUCAUGUUCCCGAAGUGCAUGUGUGGGAUUUGGUUGAAGAACGCUGGCUCCGGUAAUCGGAAAGCAUCGGGGACGCUGCUUGCCUGCGCUCUUUUCUCAGACUAGUCUGAAGGGGGAUGCCCCACUCAGGCGGGAUUGGUGCGGCCGAAGGGCAGAAUAUCCUCCAGUGUUCUGUGCCCAGGUCAUUGUGGCUAGGCUGCGCCACCCUGGCAGAGAGCAUGUGCACACUGAGUUGCCUGCGCAGCCUGCCCAAUGCCAGCUGUCUCCAGAUAAGUAACGGGACGUCGUCUGUGAUCGUCUCCCGAAAGCGGCCCUCGGAAGGCAACUACCAGAAGGAGAAAGACUUGUGCAUUAAGUACUUCGACCAGUGGUCUGAGUCGGAUCAAGUGGAGUUUGUGGAGCACCUCAUUUCACGGAUGUGUCAUUACCAGCAUGGACAUAUUAACUCUUACCUGAAGCCCAUGUUACAGCGGGACUUCAUCACCGCCUUACCAGAGCAAGGCUUAGAUCACAUAGCAGAAAACAUUCUCUCCUACCUGGACGCCAGGUCGCUGUGUGCCGCGGAGCUGGUGUGCAAGGAAUGGCAGCGGGUCAUCUCGGAGGGCAUGCUGUGGAAGAAGCUCAUCGAGAGGAUGGUGCGCACGGACCCGCUCUGGAAGGGGCUGUCGGAGCGCAGGGGCUGGGAUCAGUACCUGUUUAAAAACAGACCCACGGACGGCCCUCCCAAUUCGUUCUAUAGGUCAUUGUACCCAAAGAUCAUCCAGGACAUAGAGACUAUAGAGUCCAACUGGCGGUGUGGCCGGCAUAACCUGCAGCGGAUCCAGUGCCGCUCGGAGAACAGCAAAGGCGUCUACUGCCUGCAGUAUGACGACGAGAAGAUCAUCAGCGGACUCCGCGACAACUCCAUCAAGAUCUGGGAUAAGACCAGCCUGGAGUGUCUGAAGGUGCUCACGGGCCACACAGGCUCCGUCCUAUGUCUCCAGUACGACGAGCGGGUCAUCGUGACGGGCUCCUCGGACUCCACAGUGAGGGUGUGGGACGUGCACACGGGCGAGGUGCUCAACACGCUCAUCCACCACAACGAGGCCGUCCUGCACCUGCGCUUCAGCAACGGGCUGAUGGUCACCUGCUCCAAGGACCGCUCCAUCGCCGUCUGGGACAUGGCCUCGGCCACCGACAUCACCCUGCGCCGUGUCCUGGUCGGCCACCGCGCGGCCGUCAACGUGGUGGACUUCGAUGACAAGUAUAUUGUGUCCGCCUCGGGCGACAGGACCAUCAAAGUGUGGAGCACGAGCACCUGUGAGUUCGUGCGGACCCUGAACGGGCACAAGCGGGGCAUCGCCUGCCUCCAGUACCGGGACCGGCUGGUGGUCAGCGGCUCCUCAGACAACACCAUCAGGCUGUGGGACAUCGAGUGUGGUGCCUGCCUGCGAGUCCUGGAGGGCCACGAGGAGCUGGUCCGCUGCAUCCGCUUCGAUAACAAGAGGAUCGUCAGCGGGGCCUACGACGGGAAGAUCAAAGUCUGGGAUUUGCAGGCCGCCCUGGACCCGCGAGCCCCCGCGAGCACGCUGUGUUUGCGCACGUUGGUGGAACACUCGGGCCGCGUGUUCCGGCUCCAGUUUGACGAGUUCCAGAUCAUCAGCAGCUCCCACGACGACACUAUUUUGAUCUGGGAUUUCCUCAACGUGCCUCCCAGCGCCCAGAACGAGACCCGCUCUCCUUCCAGAACCUACACGUACAUCUCCAGAUAACAGUCUGCACUUUACCGAGUCAG